AUGAACGACGAGCUACCCGUACACAAGACCGUCAAGCUCGCAUGUGGACACCGCAUGUGCCAUUCGUGCCUCAAGCGCCAAUUCACACUCUCCGUACAAGAUCCAGCCCAUAUGCCGCCGCGAUGCUGCACAACAGAGCAUAUUCCGCUCAAAUAUGCCGACCGCCUUUUUGACGACAAAUUCAAGAUCCUGUGGAACAAGAAGUACCAAGAAUACACCACCGCAAAUCGACUCUACUGCCCAACCAAAGGAUGCGGACAAUGGAUCAAGCCAUCGCGAAUUCGCAUGGAUCGAACUUACGGAAGGAGAUAUGCUCGCUGUGGCAGUUGCUCAACAAAGGUGUGCGUCCUAUGUAAUGAAAAGUUCCAUUCCAAGCGCGAAUGUCCCAAGGACGACGAGACGAACCGUCUGGUGCAAAUGGCCAAGGAGCAAGGCUGGCAGAGGUGCUACAGCUGCAAGGCUGUGGUUGAGCUCAAGGAGGGCUGCAACCACAUGACAUGUCGAUGCACCGCCCAAUUUUGCAUGGUUUGUGCAGCACCCUGGAAGACCUGCAACUGCCCGUGGUUCAACUACCAGCAUAUCGAAGACCACGACCGCCUCAAUGACAUGCGCGUCCCCUACGCUCAGAACCAGCACGACGUGGUCGAAGUUAUCGAACUUCCAGACCAACCGUCACCACCACCAGUACGCCGCUCAAGCACGAGGACUCGUCAACGCAGCGGACGAGACCGAGACCCGGACCGAGCAGAACGCAGACUCUCGUCACACAUGCAAAAUCUCCACAUUAACCCCCCACCGCUAGCAUCGCAAUCACGUCGUGCAGAUCCUCCUGUCGAAGUAUAUGCCGUGGGCAACGCAGGGGGGCAUCACAUGAACGAAUCGUACACGAUGCGCCCAGCAGCAAACGUAGCAGCACGCACCAUUCCCCGCUCCGCUGCUCCUCGAGCAUCGUUUUUCAGCCGUCGCGUCGAGCGACAGCCAGCACCGCCACCAACGACUCGUCCAUCCACUGCUACCGCAUCCGCAAUGGCUGGACUAUCCCGCGAUGGCUCUAAGCGCGGUCAAAACAGGGUUGGCACCUGGCUCAGUCACGUUUCCAUCGAUGACGAGGCUAUUCACACUGCGCCAGUUGGCGUGGAAGUCGACGACUGGAGAUGCGACGGUACCAUGAUUGGUAUUGACUAA